CCGCCUCUCCUCAGCCCGCCGCAUCCUCCGCCGCCGUCCGCUCCGCCAUGGCGCUUCUCCUCCCGGCCUCCCGCCUCGCCGCCCUCCCGCCUCGCUUGGCCUCCUGCUCCGCCCGAGCCAGCUCGUGGUGGGCUCAGGUGGAGAUGGGCCCCCCGGACCCCAUCCUGGGCGUGACGGAGGCCUUCAAGCGCGACACCAGCAGCAAGAAGAUGAACCUGGGGGUGGGGGCCUACCGUGACGACAACGGAAAGCCCUACGUCCUCAACUGCGUCCGCAAAGCAGAAGCCCAGAUCGCGGCCAAGAAGAUGGACAAGGAGUACCUGCCCAUCGCCGGCCUGGCGGAGUUCACCAAGGCAUCGGCGGAGCUGGCGCUCGGGGAGAGCAACGAGGUCAUCCAGAGCGGACGGUACGUCACGGUGCAGACUAUUUCCGGGACGGGGUCCCUACGAGUUGGGGCCAACUUCUUGCAACGCUUCUUCAAGUCCAGCCGCGACGUCUACCUGCCGAAACCCUCCUGGGGGAACCACACUCCCAUCUUCCGGGACGCCGGGAUGCAGCUGCAGAGCUACCGCUACUACGACCCCAAGACCUGCGGCUUCGACUUCACCGGCGCCUUGGAGGACAUUUCCAAAAUCCCGGAGAAGAGCAUCCUCCUCCUCCACGCCUGCGCACACAACCCGACCGGCGUGGACCCGCGGCCCGAACAGUGGAAGGAGAUGGCCGCCUUAGUGAAGAAGCGGAACCUCUUUGCCUUCUUCGACAUGGCGUACCAGGGCUUUGCCAGCGGGGACAUCAACCGGGACGCCUGGGCCGUCCGGCACUUCAUCGAGCAAGGCGUCAACAUCGCCCUCUCCCAGUCCUACGCCAAGAACAUGGGCCUCUACGGGGAGCGAGUGGGGGCCUUCACGGUGGUCUGCCAGGAUGCGGAGGAGGCCAAGCGUGUGGAGUCCCAGCUGAAGAUCCUGAUCCGGCCCAUGUACUCCAACCCGCCCGUCAACGGGGCCCGCAUCGCCUCCACCAUCCUCACCAGUCCCGACCUGCGCAAGGAGUGGCUGGUGGAGGUGAAGGGCAUGGCGGACCGUAUCAUCGGCAUGCGCACCCAGCUGGUGGCCAACCUGAAGAAGGAAGGCUCCUCCCACAACUGGCAGCACAUCACUGACCAGAUCGGCAUGUUCUGCUUCACGGGACUCAAGCCGGAACAGGUGGAGCGGCUGACGAAGGAGUUCUCGGUGUACAUGACGAAGGACGGGCGCAUCUCGGUGGCGGGGGUCACCUCGGGCAACGUGGCCCACCUGGCCCACGCCAUCCACCAGGUCUCCAAGUAGGGAGCAAGGGCCCCAGCAUCCCCCCCCCCCCCCAGGACCUCCUUUGGGGCAGGAGGAGGAAGAGGAGGAGGGAGAGGAAGAGGUGGCAACACGGUGGCGGUCCAGAUGGUUAUAUGGCCCUGCCUCUCUCCCUUGGCGCGCUUUCCCCAAAAAUAAGGAGCCUUUCACGCUUGUCCCAGUUUCCCUUUCCUUUUUGCAGAGGUGGUGGUGGUGGGAAAGGCUGCUUGACCCCAUAGACGUCGUCACCCAAAGAUUGUGCCACUUGGGCCCUGUCUACACUGCUAUAACAACAUCCAGAUUAUCUGCUCUGAACUGGAUUAUAUAUGGCUGCGUAGACCCAUAUAAUCCAGUUCAAAGCAGACCGUAAAAUGGAUUAUAUUUACUUUGCAUCUGCUUUGAUAAUCUGGAUUAUAUGGCCUGGUUAUUGUGAGACUACACUGCCAUAUAAUCCAGAUUAUCAGAGCAGAUAAUCCAGAUUUUCAGAGCAGAUAAUCUGGAUUUAGAUGGCAGUGUAGAUGUGCCCUGAGGCCCCUUCUACGCUGCCAUAUAAUCUAGAUAAUAAUAAUCCUCUAAUCCACAUUCUCUGCUCUGAACUGGAUUAUAUGAGUCUAUACUGCCGUAUAAUCCAGAUCAAAGGAAAUGGUCUGGAUUAUAUAUGGCAGUGUAGAUGAGGCCUCAUAUAAUCCACUUUAAAGCAGAUACUAUAG